AAACAUCCCAUUCUCAUGCCAUCAUUAUCAAAAAGCGCUGCUGUCGGCCAUUUUCGACGAUUUGGAUCACCUCGAAAGAAGAUGAGCAACAAGUCAUCUCCAAGGCGUAGAUCAAUGGCCAAACGCUAUAAUGAUGAGGAUUAUGAAUAUUACGUUCCAGCUGUACGAAACUACAGCAAAGGCAAUAAGAGUGAAUCCACAGCUGAUGAAUCUGAAACUGCAGACACUCAAGAAGUAAAAAGGAAAAGAGGAAGGCCUCCAGGUGCAAAACACAAAGCUACGCAGGAAAUAGAAAUCAAACGUGGUCCAGGCCGCCCAAGAAGAUAUACAGCACCUGCUUUACGAAAAGAAGAAGAAUCUAGUGAAAUUAAGCCAAUUGAAGUCAACAUUUUGAGCAUUCAAUCUGAAGAAAUGGCAGAAUCUGAGGAUACAAAUACAGAGCCACCCAAAAAGGAGAAAGUAAACUUAGGUCAAGUUCUAGAAUUGGCUGUGCAAUCAAUGAGUGUCACAAUGGAAACUGAAGAAGAAGAAGAAGUAGAACAGAAGGAAAUCAGUAAACAUGCUAACAUCCAAAUUUCUCAGGAAGAUCUAGAAGUACACCAGAAAAUUACCUUUGAAUCAACUAAAGACCAUGAUAGUGAUUUUGAAUGGAAGUUAGAGAAUGAAGAAGAACCGGUUAGCCACUCACCCCCCGCCAAAAAGAAGAAAAUAACUGCUAGUAAUAGUUUUAUCGUCCCAACGAAUGCUGAGGAUUUAGAAGAGUUUGAAGAGGACGGCGAAGGCCGUAUCCAAGUGCGCACCAUUGUUGUUGGUGAGGGAGAAGGGGCCAGGAUCGAGUGCCUGUCGUGCCAUCGUAUCAUGAAACCUGGUUCGUUGAAGGCACAUUUGAAGACCCAUGCCCACGAACGACCACAUGCGUGUGAUUUGUGCGACGCCCGCUUUACCCGACGUGGCGAUUUGGAACGCCACAUAAAAGUGGUGCACAACAAAGAUCGGCCUUUCAAGUGCAGCAAAUGCCAUCGCACUUUUGGCGACAAAAAGAAUUUACGCUGGCAUCUAAGUAACCACGAUCGUAAACUCUUUCAUCACUGUCAGGUCUGUGGUUUCAAGUUUGGAAAGCGAGAAUACUGGGAGAAUCAUGUUCGAUACAUUCAUCCAAUUCCAGGAACUGAAUUAGAACCAGUUCCGGCAGAAAUGCCAGAAGUUGAGAGCAAAGAUGGUCCUUCCACUAGUGGCGCCAUGGAAACUGGUCAGAAAAAAGUCGAUCCUGUUGUGGUUAACAAAAUGUUAAAUGGAAAUAAGGGAACUCCAGCUCUUGUCUACACCAAACGCGGAGUAAUCAGUAAUCGCCUGUCUACUGAUCCUUUCGCUGGGCUUAAAACGCCGAAGGUCGUAUUCCCUCCCACGUAUUGGGACAAUUGGGAUGAAUUCAUGGAGCGAACGCAAAUAUGGCGAUUCCGGCCGUCCAUACAACGUUUUGGAUCAAGUGGUCGGCCUCUUCGACGAAAAAAGGUUCCUGAAACCGUUGUAGAGCUCAGACCUUCUGAGAGGCCGGACAGCCAGUUCGACAUAGGUCCAUAUUCAGCAGAAGAGACUCUCUUGGAUGAUCAGACAGGGGCCUUCGUGACUUCAACGGGUGAGGUGGUAGGCUACCCUGAAGAAAUGUUCAAACUGGACGAGAAUGCUGAGAUCGAUGAAGAGGAGGAAGAAGAAGAGGAGGAGGAGGAAGAACCAGUGAGAAUCGACGUAGGAGAGAUGGUUCAACUGGAGCAACCAAUGUCUGGACAAGAAGUUUUAUCUACUCAUCACUUAGUUUACGGCGAGGAUGGCCAGAUGCGACUCAUGGUCGGACCGGGUCGAGCAGAUGGCGAACAUGAUCUGGUGGAAGGUGGAGUUUACGACGACGAUGAGGAUGGCAUGCUGCGUGGAGAUCUCGGUCACGCCUUUGUCGAAUCGGGACAAAUUGUUAUCCUCCAACCUGACGGAAGUGCUGUUUUAGCGCCUGCAGGUGGACAACUGGUCGAAACGGAGAAUGGACAACUAAUUCUCGUACAAACCCACGAAGACGGAACACAGACCGCCGUUGCUUAUGCGACAGCUCAGACGAUGGAUGACACGGAAGCUGUCGAGGAAGAUGAAUCUGGAGAAAUUAAAACUGAACCUGCCUCCAAUCAGGACGCCGUACAGACUCUAAUAGACGCUGUGCAGGAACUAAUCGACAAUAGACAGAAACCAAGUUGAAACGUUAUUCAAUUCCCCAUCGUUUUCAAAUCAAUAUUUUUGGCAAAAAAAAAAACAACUAACAUAAAAUGUUCUACCCAUCAUCUCUCUUCUCUUUUACCUCCUUUCGUGUACCUAGUAUCCCCUCCCUCCCUCUUUUUUUUUUUUUACAUUACCACCAUUAAAACUUAUAAUUUUCUUUUUCACGUGGAAGAAUCCUCGAAAGUUGACUUUACAUUGCUUGCUGCCUCGUCAGCCCAAUGGGGCAUGAGCUAUUGUAUGUUCCAUUGUCGCCUUGCAUUGCAAGCACAAGAACUUCAUAAUCGUGGAAGGGAUAAAUUACGAGUGUAUUCUGGACAAGUUAUAUUACAUCGUCGCUAGAUUUUCUGGAAUCAACAAGUUUUAAAACAGACACAAA